GAGGCUUCAACAGAGCACGAGUGAGCCUGGUAGGGAGGCUCCGGCUCCGCUCUCCUUUCCUCUCCCCCGCAGUACCGCAGGUUAUCCUGUGGUGCUCGCAACCGGACUGGCCCCACCGCAGCACCUGUGCCACCACCAGCGGCUGCUGCCUUUCUCCUUCUCUCCUCCACCCCCAACCCCUCCUCGAGCCCGGGGCCGCCGAGUGCACAUCCGGGCGGCGGCUCGCGCACGCGAGCGUCUGGCUGCCUGGCCCGGGUGCGGAGUGCGCGGGACUGCUCGCGCCCGUGCCCGAGUGUGCGGACCCGGCUCUGGAGGCGCCGCGCGUCGGCUGGGGGCGGGGGGAGCGGUGGAGGCUAGUGUGUGUGUGUGAGGGAAAGGGAGAGGAGAAAAAGAGAGGAAGAGGGAGAUCGAGAGCGCAUCCGUGAUGCACGAGGCUCUCUAACCCGCCCUUCAGUGGAGCAGCGGCAGCGGCCCCAGCGGCUCCCGCCCGUCUGCGGGAUGGGGUUGCCCAAGCUCGCUUCUCUUCACCUUCUUGCCCGCGGGCGGCGUGCAGCGCCAGGGGACCCACCUGCCCUAGCAUCCUCCACCAGAGGACGUCCCCGACUGAAGCUCAACUUGCCACGGACUCUCUUGGAGGAGCGAGAGAGCAAAGCGCCCUGAGCUGUGUGUCCGGGGACCGGCGUCCCCUUUUCAGCCGCAGAGGCACCGGGGCAACCGCUGUCGCUGCCUGAGCUCCAACCGCUUGUGGACGCGGGGACAGAGGGACUGCCUGCACCCAGGCAGACGCUGCUUGGGGUUCCCGGGCUAUAGGUCCCAGCUACGCAUCAUCAGAGGACGGGGACGAAGCGUUGUCAGAGCCCGAGAAGCUGCGGCCCCACCCGGAGCCCGCAGAGUGCCCGGGAUGCCGCCGGCUGUGGCCGGAGGAGGCUCCGGCUUGGCGGUGGCGGGCCCCCGCUCUCUGAGCCCGGCCGCCCUGUCCCGCAGUCUAUCCCGCCUGCGCGAGUACCGGACCCGCUCCAGGAUCAUGCUGGCUCUUGGGGUCACGCAGAUGGUGCUUGGAUGCCUCAUUGUGGCAGUCAGCUUCGCAGCAUUGGCCCUGACCACCUCCGCCAGGGUCCGGCACUCCUGUCCCUUCUGGGCUGGCUUCUCGGUGCUCUUGUCAGGACUGAUUGGUGUUGUUUCUUGGAAAAGACCCUUAUCCCUUGUGAUAACCUUUUUCAUGCUGCUGUCUGCAGUGUGUGUAAUGUUGAAUUUGGCUGGUUCUAUUCUCUCCUGUCAAAAUGCUCAGCUAGUCAACUCCCUAGAAGGCUGUCAAUUGAUAAAAUUUGACAGCGUUGAGGUCUGUGUUUGCUGUGAAAUGCAACAUCAGUCAUCAGGCUGCAGCAACCUUGGUGAAACAUUAAAGCUGAACCCACUUCAGGAGGAUUGUAAUGCUGUGAGACUGACUUUAAAGGACCUGUUAUUUAGUGUAUGUGCUCUCAAUGUCAUUUCUACUAUUGUUUGUGCUCUGGCUACAGCUAUGUGCUGUAUGCAGAUGGUUUCCUCUGAUGUGUUACAAAUGUUUCUUCCACAGAGAUCACAUUCCACAAAUCCAGACUGUAUGACUCCCCAUGGAACCAUUCUCCACCAGACCUUGGAUUUUGAUGAGUUCAUACCUCCAAUACCUCCCCCACCCUAUUACCCACCAGAGUACACCUGUACACCCAUGAUAGAAGCUCAAAGAGGACUUCACUUAGAAUUUCCUCAUUCUCCAUUCAGUACUUUGUAUGAAGUUGCCAUUAACAGUCCUGGGAUGCUUUAUCCCACAGAACUCCCUCCUCCAUAUGAAGCAGUGAUUGGACAGACACCUGCAAGCCAGGUUACCAGCCUAGACCAGCAAGUAAUGGAAUCAAGCUUGGGGGAUCAAAAUACAACUGCUGGUUUAAGCACGCAAGUUUCCGUUGAUAGUACUUCUCUUUUGGUAUCUGAAGUUGCUGACAUUCCAGAUCAUAGCUACUCCUCUGAGGACCUUUGUUCUUUGGAAGUUCAAGGCUCCCUCCGUUCUGCAGACUUUUCUCCAUAUGGUACAAUACGCAAAGCGGCCACAGACAGUAGCUGUACCAGCUUGGAUCGCAGUGUGCGCUGCAGGUUCCACAGGACUCACUCACCAUGUUCCCCCAUGGAGGCUAGAGGGUGUCGGCAUAGAGCCUCUCUAGACAGAUCUCAGAUCCAGGACUAUGAAAGUUCAUCUCAGAGAUCUCCAGACUGUUCUUCUGAGAAUUACAGCUUUUCAGAGUCCCAGGGCUCUGUGCGGGAGAAUCAAUCGCAGCCACAGUUGAAACAAAUGAAAAUGUGCUGUGGGACCUUUAGCCAGGCUUCUGCAACUCAUUCCCAGCCCUCUCUGUGUUCAGUUCCUGCAAAUACUUCAUCACACCAUGGCUGCUCAGUGAGAACUGUCCCUCCAAGACGUGCUAGAAAAAAACGAACUUCAAAUAUUGUCCGAUCGACAAGUGAUCCUAUUUCAUGUUCAUCCAGCACAGAAGGAGAUACCUCUUCCUACACACCUCUAUAUAGCCAGCAUCAUGAAGCAGGAAUAUCUCAGUUGGAUUUAGAGACAGAAGUGCAGCAUGUGGUGAACACUAUCCGAUCAGUCAUCAAAUCUGAUGAACGACACAUGGAAGAAGCCAUCUACAGUGCCAACAUUAUAGACCAGGUCAUUGCCGGUUCUCAGCAGAAUGUGACUCUCUCUAGAAAACAGCUUCAAGAAGACCUCCAUCUCCAAAGCUGCGGCGCCCUGAGCUCCCCGGUUGCUUUUUUGCAUAGGGUACGCCUCCCUCUCAGGCUAGAAGGGAGCAGUCCUCAGAAUUUUGUGGCAGCUUGCCGGGAAACUGUAAUUUGAUAUUGAACUAGAUGGCCCUAAGAAAAACUGAUCCUGACCUGAACCUUGCACUUUGUCUUCCCUCCACCAGAUGACUGCCUCGGCGGAGGAGCGUGGGUUGGGGGGCAAAAGCAUCAUCCAAUAAGAUUGUAUUUCUUAUUCAUCUGAAAGAAGAUAAUGCACAGAUUUUACUGAAUGCCCAAAUUAAAUGUACAUUCUCAUGUAACAAAAGGCAUUUUCCAAAUGGAUUAUUUUUGCUCAGAGAUGUGCUUGUUUAAAUGUUACUGUGAGGUAAUUUCCGGGAACCCCCCUCGAAGCCACAAGAGACCUAUUUGUACAACUUGAAAGUUGUAUUUGUUUAAUGUACCUCACAGUGUUUUCACAAUGAUCAGUGUUUUAAUAAAAAGUAUUUCUGACUCUUGCUUCUCCAAGGACUGAUUGGAGUAGAAUCAGCAGAGGAGAGUACACGUGUUACUACCGCAGAGGCUCUGAAUACUCAUCGCGUUUUCAGGUUUCUGUGGACAUUUAGCAUGUAAGACUUAGGGCUGUGCCUGGCAAAACUUGAGAGCUGAAAGGUGGAGAUUGUCAUAGUUUUUUCUCAGAAUUGCCCUCAAAUGUACUUAAGAGUUUCUGAAAUAGCAGUUCCUAAGUGAAGGGUGAAGGAGUAGACUGUGCAUGCUCAAAAGGUGCCAUCUGCAAACCAUGUCGAGGAGAUCCCCAUAAAGCUGUCAGACCUCCAAAGUGGGGCAAAUGACUUUCAUGGGUUUGGGGCUUCCCUCCUACCAAUUCAGAGUUUUGUCUCAGAAUUAUCCUUAAAUUGGUGCUUUGUUCAAACACGGACUAUGGUUCUUGGUGCACAAGCAUUUACAUUAUAUCUCCUCCUGUGAGACUUAGUGAAAAAAAAAUGCUACUUAGUGGAAAUCUUAAGAGUGCCAUCUAGCAAAAAUACAGUCUUGUAGCUCACUGGGGUGAGCAACACCAUCAAAGCAAGCUUCAGACCUCAGCUGGUCACUGAGUCAAUACAAAUGAAAAAGGCACAAUAGGCAAGGAUUUCUAACCAACAUGUUCAGAGCCACAAGCUGGUUGUCAUCCUGAUGGAGCAGCGGGUCACCAGGCUGGUGGACAUUUAGAGUCAUUUAAUGGAGUUGCCCUUUGCCUUUCCUGAUUUAAUCCUAGGUAAAUUAAUACUUCGUGUUCUUUUGGUUACAUAAUAAUUAACGUAUAAAGCCCUUUUCUGGGAAAACAACAUACAAAAUAUAAAUUAACCCUUCUCCCAGGUUGGCAGCAGGCUAACAUUUUUGACUUCCUGGUAUGCCCAGAGAACUUUAUAACAUUCCCAAUUCAUCUGAGUGGCUCUAAUUAGAGAAGGAAAUCUUGCCAGAAGUUCUAAUUGAAUUUCCCACUUUAAAAAAAUGAAAAUUAUAUUUUGAGUCUGCUAAUGCAGACUCUUUAGGGAGAGAGGAGCCGCAUACCACCAUUGCCCCAGAACUGGUAAUUGAUGUUUAGUUGAAAGACUGCUCUUUUUAUACUGGUGAUGAGACAGUCUGUAGCUUAAACAUAAGCACUUUAGUAUAUAAUACAACCCAGGAUUGAACAGGUAGACAAAAAUCUUGUCCUCAUCAGCCCUUCUAUUCCCUGUCCCCUGGGAAAAAAUAAAAAUUAUACCAUAAUUCAGCAUUGUGGGUAAUGAAUGACUUACCAAACGCAUAAUGCUCAGUCUAACUCUUAUUGCAUUAGAUAACUUUCCUUCCAGGAUUUGUGACCCGGAAGACAGGGAGCUUACUGAAGGAUAGGACUGCAUAAGUCAUAAUCAGUAUAGACGGAGAGCCAAAGAAUUUCACAAAGCAAGUAACAUUGGCUUAGCACUUUACAAUUUUUAUGAUGCUCUCACACGUCUCUCAUUAGGUCCUGACAACACAUCUGUGAGCCAUCAGACCUGGAGUUCAAAUCCCAUUGCUGCUUCUUUAUUUCAUUUAUAAUUUUGGGCCACUUAACCUCUUCUGGACUUCUAUUUCCUCUCAUAAAAUCAUGUAUGGAACUAGAUUCUACAGACCCUUUCCAACUCUGAAGUCAAUUAGCCAAUGGCUCACCCAAGAUACUUUCCCUAGUAAAGGCUGGAGCUGCGACUAGUACCUGUCCAGAACUCAUCAUUCUACCAUUAUCCUGCCAGGACAGGGAGCUGUGUUCAGACAGAGAAGUUUCUGUCCCCUUCCCCAACCUCCUUAAAAAACAAAACCCAGUCCACACACUGACAUCUUAGGUUACCAGAGACACAAAGCUUCGAUUGAUGUUGGACCUGUAUCAUUCACCUAAUCAUUAGGCAAUAGGAUACAAAGACUUCCUUCUAACAAGCUUAGGGAAGAGUCAAGCAGGUGACUGAAGAGUAGCCUCACCCCCAGAAAGUGAGGCUAGUGAAAUCAAACACCAGCAUUGAAAUGAUUUUAGCAGAUGCAUUUUCAAUUGCAUUGAUAUGACGCUACAGUGACAUCCAGUGGCAACCAUUCAUGCUAAGAGCAAGCACACAAUCCCUCUGAAUGUUCCAGCUGAAAGCUCUUAUGCUACAACCCCUUUCAUGAUGAUGGGAUGGUAUAUUUAGUAGCUAUUGGAAUUACUGAAUAAAGUGGUUGUGGUGCUACCUUGGUGUGAGAAUGAAAAUUAGAAGAGAUGCUGACCAUGAAAUCCUCAGUGAACAAAACAAUCCAAACAAGCACCUUUUGUUUAUUACUUCAGAUUUAUUAGUGAGAUUAGCUUAAUUCUUUCCUAAGGUCAGUUGCAUGCAACACAUAGGUUACUCCUUGAAAUACAGUAAUCCUAAAGCUUUAGUUACUGCAUGGUAAGGCUUCUUAAGUCACAGUGUAUUUCUUCAAGGCCGUGGCCAAAAAAAAAAUCAAGACAAAAUGACAUCAAUUAACAUUUAUCUCAGUAAUGAAUACAACUUGACUACAUUUUACUUUAUCUAUACACAUUCUAAUACUGUUGAUGAUGGUAGCUCCCUGCUCACCCAAGAUAACUUGUAUCCAUGGCUCGUUGCCUUAGGAAUGGAGGGGUAGUGGUGGGAGGAGGGCUGUUGCCAUUUUUUUAGCAUAUGUAAAUAUAUAUUCAAAGGACGGUAGGAAUUCUAGGGCAGCUCUACUCCUCUCAAGAAGUAACAGGUAAGCAUGGCUUGACCAUGGGGAGCACUGCAUGGUUGCAAAUGGGCGAGGAAUAAAAUGCCAAAAGUAACGUUUGCACAGAUUGUGGAACAUGUUUAGUACAAGAGUAGCAGUCUUGUUCAUGAUGAUUCAAAAAGUCUUAAAUCUGUAGGAACAGUUUGUCAAACUGAAAAGUCAAAAACAUAAAUAUGUAUCUAAAUAAAUAUUUUGAGUUUUUA